GGACUGGGAGCCAGUAAUGGCGKCUAGAUUCRAAUAUGUCGAACAUGUGUGAUCACUUUUUCUAAAUUUAAGCCAUUUUCUACAAAAGUUUUUAGGGACUGUAUUGUUCAUUUUAUUGUCAAUCAAGAAAAUAUGCCUGGACUUCCGAGUAAUAACACAUCCACUUCAAGCACGUUUACGUUUGACUGUCAAGAAAUCGUCAACACAGUAGAAUUCAGCCCAUUUGAAAAUUCUUCCAAUCUCAUUGCAUAUGGUGGCCAUAGUAGAGUAUCAGUAGGGCUUUGUCUAUUUGGUGAUGAUGCUGGGAAUGAUCAAAGCUUCCAGUUUGACCAUGUCGCUGAUUUCCACCAUGGCACAAGGGUGCAGAAUAUUGCAUGGUCUCCCAGGACAUCACUACAUAGUGUCCCUGCUUCUAUUCAGUUCUGUACUGCUGGUGGUGACAAGAAAUUAAGACACUAUGCUACUCUUGGAAAAGAAGAGAAUACAUCAGUCAAAACACUUAAUGGUCAUACRGGAUACAUCAAUGCUUGUACAUAUGAACCAACAGCAGGAGAACUKGUUGCUAGUGUCAGUGAUGACCUCACAUGCCGUGUGUGGGACAUUGAGACUGGGGUACAAAAAACAUGUAUUCCACUAGGAUCACCAGGAAUGGCUGUACAAUGGCACCCUCAGGAACCUGAUAAGUUAAUGGUGGCUGAGAAAAAUGGAACAAUCAGAUUCUAYGACCUUGUCAAUCAGCAGGCUAUAAUGUCGUUAAGUGUAGGGCGUGUUCCACUAAUUGAUGCUCAUUGGUGUCCAACUGAUUCUUUGAAGAUCGGUGCUGUUGCUCUUGAUGACUGGUACAUUUGGGACAUGUCAAAGUCUAGUCUACCAGAAGUUAGUCGCCAGGCUCACCCAGAUGGCGUUUGUAGUUUCAGGUGGUCUAAUAGCCAUAAGUCAUUGUUUGCUACAUCUGGKAGGCCUGGAAACCAAGUUAAGGUUUACCACACUGGACACCAAAAGUUACCAGUGUCCAGUCAAUUCAAAGUAGGAGGUGGUCUUUCCUGGCAUUGCAGUCUGCCGUUGUGUGCAUCUGGUGAAGAUAUGAAGGUCCAUAUGUGGGCUGUUGAACUGUAGAUAACAUUAGAUAGUCACCGAAACUUUAUAUUAAAUAUUAUCACAUUCAAUAAAAACAUUUUCAUAUA